UUGACUAUUUCAACAACCGUGUCAUCUGUGACCUGGUCGAGGCUCCUCGUACUGGAAUCAUUGCUCUUCUCGACGAAGCCUGCUUCCUUGUCGGGACCGUCACCGACAUGGUCAUUAAAACCCUCUCACUCCUCCAAUUCUUUAACCCUUUACCGAUAUACUUUUAAUUAACCCUCUUACUUCUGCUAUAAUUCAACUUUCUUACCCCCGAAUUUUCAAUCCUGAAUUUUUUGUCCCCUAGAACAGGCUAUUAGCUACUUUAAAACCCUUUCAUUUCUCUGUGACUUUUAACCCGUUUCCCCCUGAGGUUUUUGGCUUUUACAUAUUUUACCCUUUCAUUUCUCUGUGAAUUUAACCCGUUUCCCCCUGAGUUUUUUUGAAUAGUAUGAAUGUCUCUAUGCAGCAUUUCCUGACGGCGAUGGACGAGAAGUUCAAAGGUCACGACCACUACUCCAGUCGACAGGUGGACCUGCAGGCCAAGGAUCUUGAGAGAGACCGCGACUUUGUCGUCCGCCACUACGCCGGGGACGUCGUGUAUGUCACGUUCCCACGUUUCCAUAUUCUCAUACCACAGUCAUCCGUGCUUCCAUUUCCAGAUUUUCCCCUUACCCUUUGUAAAUUGUUCAGCAUCAACUGCUCUUGCAGCCAUGUGUAUUUCUCAUGUUCCCAUGUUUUAAAACUCUGGUUCCCAUUCUUCUACAUUUCCAAAUGCCGGUUCCCAUUCUCCCAUGUUUCCAAACGGCGGUUCCCAUACCCCCUACUCCCAUUCCUCCUCCAGAUACAUUGUGACCGGCUUCAUUGACAAGAACAAGGACCCAAUCUACCAGGACUUCAAGAGACUCCUCUACAACAGUGAUCACAAGCUGCUGAAGGCCAUGUGGCCGGAGGGAGCACAGGCAUUGACAGAAGUCACAAAGAUACCG